UCUCUCUCUGUGAUGAAUGCUGAUAUAACCCCGUAGUUGGUGCUCAUCCUCCCGCUUAACUCUCUGCCAUAUUCAACCAUAUAACACACGUAGUGGGAGAAGAAAUUAUAAUUCUUGAUACUGGAUAACACCUUCUUAAUCCACUCCAAUUUUUCACGGCAAUUUUUUUUGUUUUUCACACAAGCCUAAUCCUCCAUUAGAUAAGCCUAAAAAAUUUACCACUCCCAUCACCCUAAUUCUUCUUGAAGCCAAGACUAGAGAGAGAGAGAGAGAGAGAAAGAAAGAAAGAGAGAGGUUUCUUGUUAGCCGUUUCUUUGUGUCUCAAACUUCACCUGACUCUGGGGUCAGAAAGAGUUAUUCUUGGAAAUACUGAGUUAUUAGAGAUACAGUUUUUUUAUUUUUGAGUCUGAAAGUUCAGUACAGAGAGAGUGAGAUACUGGAAUAGAAGUGAAUUGUUGUUUUGUUGUUUGGAUUGGUUUGGUUUGGUUUGGGUUGUUGUUCAUUGCAUUCUUGAUGGAUUAUUGCAUAAGAGAAAUAGAGGGAAAGCAAGCGCAUGACCCUUUGUUCAACAAGCCAUCAUCAUCAUCAUCGUCGUCGUCGUCUUGUUCAACGGUGUGGGUUGAAGGGCCUGUGAUAGUAGGAGCUGGGCCAUCAGGGCUUGCAGCAGCAGCGUGUCUGAGAGAGAAAAACAUGGAAAGUGUGAUUCUAGAAAGAUCCAAUUGCAUAGCUUCUCUGUGGCAGCUCAAAACUUAUGAUCGCCUGCGUCUGCACCUACCGAAGCAAUUCUGCGAGCUUCCUUUCAUGCCGUUCCCUUCUCACUUCCCCACAUACCCUUCCAAGCAACAGUUCGUCGAGUAUUUGGAAACUUACGCAAGAAAGUUCAAGAUUAAGCCCAGCUUCAAUGAGACGGUCAAGCAUGCAGAGUUCGACGCCAAACGAGCGCUGUGGCGGGUCAAGAGCGUCGACAAGGCGGAGAACACCACGGAGUACUUGUGCCGGUGGCUGAUCGUGGCCACCGGCGAGAAUGCCGAGGCGGUGGUGCCGGAUAUCGAAGGGGUGGAAGAGUUUGGUGCGCCCAUAAGACACACGAGUUUGUAUAAGAGUGGACAAGAGUUCAGAGGGAAAAGGGUUUUGGUGGUGGGGUGUGGAAAUUCUGGCAUGGAGGUUUGCUUGGAUCUUUGCAACCAUAAUGCUACUCCUUCACUUGUCGUCAGAGACACAGUACACGUCCUACCACGAGAGAUGCUGGGAAAAUCAACUUUCGGGUUGUCCAUGUGGUUGCUGAAGUGGUUACCCAUGCGACUUGUCGAUCGAUUCUUGCUAAUGGUGUCAUGGCUUAUGCUGGGUGACACUUCUGAAUUGGGAUUGGAUCGACCGUGUUUGGGACCCCUCGAACUCAAAAACAUGUCAGGAAAGACCCCUGUGCUAGAUGUGGGUACCCUUGCCAAGAUUAAAGGUGGAGACAUUAAGGUGCGUCCAGGCAUUAAGCGGCUUAAACGUCACACAGUGGAAUUUGUGGAUGGAAGGACAGAGAAUUAUGAUGCAAUCAUAUUGGCGACUGGUUACAAAAGCAAUGUGCCCUAUUGGCUUAAGGAAGAAGAUAUGUUCUCUAAAGAAGAUGGGUACCCUGUGACGCCAUUUCCGAAUGGGUGGAAAGGUAAAAAUGGUCUCUAUGCUGUGGGGUUUACCAAAAAGGGACUACUUGGUGCAUCCAUGGAUGCAAAGAGAAUAGCUCAAGACAUUGAACGGUGUUUAGAAGCCGAGACAAAUCAUCGAACAUCUUUUGCGCGCUCGCACUUGCCGCAACCAAAUUCAUAGUGGCCACUGGUUUGGUUUUGGCUAGGUGCAAACACAAAUUACAAGAGCUUCAUCGAAGAAAGAGAAUUUGGGUUUGGCUAAGAGGCAAAAGAGAAGACAUUUAUUGAGGAAGAGAUUGAAAGUUGGUACUUGAAUGGGAACGGAGGAUUUUUUGGUGGUAUUACGCUAUCAUAUGUGUUCGAUUCUAAUUCCAAAAUGGUGUUCCUCCUCAAAUAUCCCAUGCAUGGGUGAAGUGGGCAAAAUGCAAAAUUUGGAUUUUACUUUGAUGCCCUUCAGCCUAAUUUUGAUGGAAUCGUUUGGUGUUGAGAGAAUAAUAAGAUGUUGAAUUGAAUUUGAAGAAAGAAAGAGGGUGGAUUUUUCUUUGGGGGGGACCUAGAUUAGGUCUUUGGUUCUAUGUACGUUUUGUACAUUGCAUUUUUUUUUUCCCUUGAGUAGGUUUGACUUACAAGAGAGAGAGAGUGAGAAAAACAGAGUAAAAGGACAUGGUUGAAAAAACUGAGAGAUUUCAGUUUAACCUAUAUUUCCUCUUAUUUCUUUUCUUUCCCUUUUUCUUAGGAAAAUAGAGUAUGAGAUUUUGUGUUGUUUUUUAUUCUCUCUGAACGAACGCUUAAAAAGUUUGGCUUGGGUUGGUUAUCUUUCUGUAUUUUGUAAGUAAACUCGGGAGAAAAAAAGAGCAAAAGCUAAAAAGAAAGGAGAGGGAAAAAAAAAAAGUUUUAGCUUGGGAUGAAGUGCUAGAUUGUGUACCAUUUUGAUUACCACUUCCAUGCAA